AUGACUGGUCUCAGCUUGACAUCCAGCCCAGCGUGGCUUCCCUCCCCAAGCUCUCUUGGAAUAGUUGUCGCUCGAUAUAAUGAGCCCCUCGAUCCUUGGGCGGAAGUGGCAUCAAACUCAUACCUAUAUGUCAAAUCCAACAUAACCCAAUCCGAAGACAACGUCCCGCACGAUUCAUUCCGCCUCUACGAACAACUGCCUAACUCCGGCCGCGAGGGGCAAACCUACUGCCACCAUAUUUACUCCCACUACGAUACGUUGGAGCCAAUCAUCAUUUUCUCCCAAGCAGCGCCAUUUGAUAUGAUCGGACCAGUAACAAAUUCCAUGCAAGAGCUCGUGGAACAGGCUCUGCAGACCCCAGAGCCGGAGUACGAUCCAGUCACGAUAUAUAACCAUGACCUCCUUCAUGACCUUGCUGAAUGGAACAAGAUCAAUUGGUCUUCUCCCGACGAGUCGUAUUGGGUUACGCCAGCUCAGCUCAAAUCAUUGACCUAUGCUCCUUAUGACAUGGCGACUUUUUGGAAAAUUAUGUUCGGCGUGGAUCAUCCGGCUGCGGUUAGGGUUUUACAUGGUGCUGUUUUUGCUGUGAGACGAGAGGCAAUCAGGCAGUAUCCUAAAGAUUUCUUUAAGAAGUGCUUGGACCAGUUUUCCACCGCUGGGAAGGGGGCUGUUAAUCCGGAAGUCGGUUUCUUCAUGGAGCGAAUCUGGAUGGCGUUGUGGAGCAGGAAAUUUUGGCUGUCGGGAUAG